GGUGCCCUUCUACUUGCCGCUAAAUCCCGCGCUGAUGGCGAAUCUGGCGGCCCAGCUCGCUGGCGUGCUCCAAGCAUGCAUCAAGCGGAACCCAAAGCCCAGCCGCACCCACGCCAAGGCCGCCCACGCGCGCGUCCUUGCCGGUGGCCUCGCCGCCGACACCUUCCUCCUCAACCGCCUGGUCGAGCUCUACUCGCUCUCCGGCCUCCCGCGCGACGCCCUCCGCGUCUUCCGCACCCUGCCCCACCCCAACGCCUACUCCUACAAUGCGGCGCUCUCGGCGGCCAGCCGCGCGGGCGACCUCGACGCGGCCCGGACGCUGCUCGACGAAAUGCCCGAGCCGAACGUCGUCUCCUGGAACACCGUCAUCUCCGCGCUCGCGCGGUCCGAGCGCGCGGGCGAGGCGCUGGGGCUGUACGAAGGGAUGCUCCGGGAGGGCCUCAUCCCGACGCACUUCACGCUCGCCAGCGUGCUCAGCGCUUGCGGCUCCAUGGCCGCGCUCGUGGACGGGAGGCGCUGCCACGGGCUCGUGGUCAAGGUCGGGCUUGAAGAGAACCUGUUCGUGGAGAACGCGCUCGUUGGCAUGUAUACCAAGUGCGGCAGCGUCGGGGAUGCUGUGCGGCUGUUCGACCGGAUGGCUCGCCCGAACGAGGUGUCGUUCACGGCGAUGAUGGGAGGGCUCGCGCAGACCGGGUCCGUCGACGAUGCGCUCAGGCUGUUCGCCAGGAUGUGCAGGAGCGGGGUACAUGUUGAUCCCGUGGCCGUGUCAAGUGUUCUGGGCUCGUGCGCACAAGCUGGCGCCAGCGAGUUCAACGUUCUUCGCUCGUUCCAGCUUGGGCAGUGCAUUCACGCCUUGAUCAUCAGAAAAGGCUUUGGGGCAGACCAGCAUGUGGGGAACUCCUUGAUCGAUAUGUACACCAAGUGCAUGCAAAUGGACGAUGCUGUCAAGGUGUUCGACUCAUUGCCCAGCGUCAGUAUUGUUUCUUGGAACAUCCUUAUAACUGGAUUCGGCCAGGCGGGCAGCUAUGAGAAGGCUUUGGAAGUAUUGAACGUGAUGGUAGAGUCGGGCUCUGAGCCCAAUGAGGUCACUUACAGUAACAUGCUUGCGUCCUGUAUUAAGGCGAGGGAUGUUCCAUCUGCUCGUGCAAUGUUCGACAAUAUAUCAAGGCCGACUUUGACUACGUGGAACACGCUUUUGUCUGGUUACUGCCAGGAGGAACUGCAUCAAGAAACAAUCGAGCUGUUUAGGAAAAUGCAGCAUCAAAAUGUGCAGCCUGACCGAACAACUCUGGCCGUGAUCCUCAGUUCAUGCUCAAGAUUGGGGAAUUUGGACCUUGGAGCACAAGUUCAUUCUGCUUCAGUAAGACUCCUGUUGCAUAACGACAUGUUUGUCGCUAGUGGUUUGGUCGAUAUGUAUGCAAAAUGUGGACAGAUUAGUAUUGCCAGGAGCAUUUUCAACAGGAUGACAGAGAGAGAUGUGGUGUGUUGGAAUUCCAUGAUCUCAUGUUUGGCUAUCCAUUCUUUCAACAAAGAGGCCUUUGAUUUCUUCAAGCAGAUGCGACAAAAUGGAAUGAUGCCCACAUCCUCCUCCUAUGCUACCAUGAUUAAUUCAUGUGCAAGACUUUCUUCCGUACCUCAAGGUAGGCAGAUACAUGCACAAGUUGCGAAAGAUGGUUAUGAUCAGAAUGUCUAUGUGGGUAGUGCCCUGAUUGAUAUGUAUGCUAAAUGUGGCAACAUGGACGAUGCACGCCUUUCCUUCGACAGCAUGGUGACUAAGAAUAUAGUUGCAUGGAAUGAGAUGAUACAUGGAUAUGCUCAGAAUGGUUUCGGAGAAAAAGCCGUUGAACUAUUUGAGUAUAUGUUAACUACAGAACAGCGGCCAGAUAGUGUCACUUUCAUUGCCGUCCUAACAGGAUGUAGUCACUCCGGGCUCGUAGAUGAAGCCAUUGCAUUCUUUAAUUCCAUGGAGAGUACUUACAGAAUUACACCACUGGCUGAGCAUUACACUUGUCUCAUAGAUGGAUUGGGGCGAGCGGGUCGGCUUGUUGAAGUGGAGGCACUAAUAGAACAGAUGCCAUGCAAAGAUGAUCCUAUAGUGUGGGAAGUUCUACUUGCUGCCUGUGCUGUACAUCACAAUGCUGAAUUGGGGGAAUGUGCCGCGCAGCACCUGUUCCACCUUGAUCCAAAGAACCCAUCACCCUAUGUUCUCUUGUCAAACAUAUAUGCUUCCUUAGGCCGACAUGGGGAUGCAUCAGGCAUUAGGGCAUUGAUGAUUAGCCGUGGAGUUGUCAAAGGUCGUGGAUACAGCUGGAUAGAUCACAAGGAUGAUGUUCGUGCCUUUAUGGUUGCUGAUGAUCUUCAGACGGUCAGUGGAGAAUCUAAAAUGUUCAGCAAUCAAGAGAGUGCUGCUGGGGUUACAGAAGUACACCAGAAAGAGACAUGUGCUGGUUGAUUUGGGCUUUUUGUUAUCAGACGCACUGGUGAAUCUGUUUCAGUGAUAGCUGAAUUCAGUAGCCACUUUUGUGCAAUUUGCUUGAGAGCCUCAAGCUUUACUGUUGUAUGUAGCUUCAUGUGUCUGGAAGAUGGGAAACACAGCCUGAAGGUUCAGUAGAAAGAAUAUGCAAGACAGGAAUGGGUUGCGUUGCAGAUUAGGUGCUAAUGAAAUUAUAUGCUCGGUUCAUGUCACUACGUGGUGCAGAGCUUCAUCGAUGAGCAUGUACUACGAUGAGUUGUGCAUGUGAGAGCGCAAAAGCAAUUGUUGCCCGGUUAUACGAGGGAUGCAAUAACUGCAUUCAUAGCUUCACAAUGGUUGAUUUAAAAGCCAGUGGAUAUAACUUUUGGAUAAUCAUUAUCUGGCUUCGCUUCCCAUUCUGUCCAAGAUCCGCCGUAAACUGGAACGUCAUGCUUCCCAAUUCUAUAGUCCCUGUAAAGAAAUAUUGUUAGACACUGCUUGGCAGAGUCAAUGUCUCAGUGAUAAUAUCCAAGAAGAACAUGCCAGAUUUCCAGACCAGAGCAAAGUAUGCAGGCAGUUACACCAGAUCUGCAUGUGAUGUGAUGACUAUCGGUUGAUCAAAGUGAAGUCCCUGAAGAGACAUCAAACCGGGUGCUAUUAUUACUAUUGCUUGGUGAAACUUUUGUACUUCAUGUACACAUCUGAUAGGCCCAAGAAAUGAUUGCUUCUUAGGAGAUGCAACAAUACAGAGGGGGGAAAGGAUCUUCUAGGUAUAUGACUUUGGUAUGCUGCAAUGUGGAACUCUGUAGCAAAAUCCUCAUUGGCGGGAUGAUAACGAGGCUGAUGCACCACUAGGUGGGAAAAGAACCGGCGAUGGUCUUUGGUGUGUGUGUUGUGUUCCAUGACGAAGACCGCUGUUGUUCCUUCCGCGACAGUGUUCGAGUCUGAAGAUGGUUAACUCGGAUUUGUUGUUCCUCUCUAUACCAUCUAUUUUGUUUGCCUGUAGAUUAUCAUAUUCACAAGUGUGGCUGGUUCCUUGUGUAAUACUUGUGUUUGUUGUCUACAUCUUUCUGAAUUAAGACUUGUCUGGAAAUCUGAGAACUGAAGGUUACCAGAGGCUGUA